AUGCAUGGCAACAACAGAAGUGUGUAUUACUGUCCCACAUGCCGAAGGUCGCUGAGCCGUGGCGAGAAACAGAAGAUGUUGUACGAGUAUGAAGGAAUGUUGCGUGAACAGAAACCUGUGCCCCUUCCCAAGACGAUGAUGGACAUCUUUGCUGCUGAUUUGCACCAGCAGUAUGUGCGGACACAUGGUGAGCUUAAGAACCAAAACCUGGCAGUAAUCGUGGAGGAGUGUUGGGCCCUACUCCCCGAUGCUGACAGGGGAGAGUAUGAAAGGAAGGCACUGCGGCACAAGGAGGAUUACCUGAGGCAGAGGGCCCACUACAUGCGGGGGCUGGUGGAGUACAAGAGAGUUGCAGAGUCCAUUGGCCAGUCAGUGCCCCCAGACCUGGAGCUCACCAACUACCCCACGAAACGCCCACCUAAGCGACGCAUGGACUCCCCAAUGGAGGGCGGCCGCGAUCUCAAGCACCCCUGCAGGCCCUCAGCCUCCUUCCAUGCGGCCAAGCCACCCCUGCCCUCGCCGAUGCCCAAUGGCCCUACUCGGUUUGGCAGCGGAGGCCUGAGGGGCUGGAAAGGGUACCCGCCAGGCGUCAACCAGAGCCAGGGGUCAGCAUUCUCUGUGUUUGGGUCUGGCUCCAGGCCUAGCAAGAUGGCAAAGGUGAAGGAAGAGAGGGUAGAGGUGAAGAGUGAGGAUUCGGGCGAUGAGAAGGACUCAAUGGAUUGGGAGGAAAAACUCCAGGGUCGGCCACGUGGCCACAGAGAUAGUAAGAGGGCGGCAGGGCAGCAGGAUGACAAACUGCUCCAAGAGAUCCCCAUUGUGUGCAACUCCACUGGGGGCAUUUUCCUACUGGGCCUUCAGAAGGUCAUCUGCGGCUGCUCCGCCUGCUCAGCGAAGCCUGAGCCACAGCGAGAGUUCACAGCCACGCAGUUUGAGCAGCAUUGUGGCGCAGGCUCAGCGAAAAAGUGGAAGUCGUCAUUGAGGGUGAAGCCUGGAGCACUGCCGGAAGUGCCAAAAGAUGCACCGCCUUUGCCGAUUGGCAAAUGGCUGGAGUUGAAGGGGAUCGAGACAAAGGCUUCCAGGGCUGCUAAAAGCGGGCCCCAUCCUGUGCCAGAGAAGACUGAUCAGGCUGCCCUUGCAACUGCGCGAAAGAACAUCAAAACAGAGAAACGGACAGUGAACGGGAAGGUGAAGGUGGAGAAGCCAGAGCCUGAGAAAUUCGAGCCCUGGCAGCAGGUCCUGAGAGGUGGCUUCAGCACAAUUAAGGUGCGCUAUGCAGGAGACCGAUGCGCGGUGUGCGAUGGUGACGUUGACUACGACUGCGAUCAGCUAAUCACAUGUGAUGCAUGUGGUAUCACCGUCCACCAGACAUGCUACGGCAUCCCAGCACCUCCAGAGAACAACGACGUUUGGCUGUGCGACAAGUGCCAAAAGCAUGAGGACAGCAGCUCAUUUCCACAGUGCUGCUUGUGCCCUGUGGAUGGCGGUGCUCUGAAGCAGACUGACAUUCCAGGCCUGUGGUGCCAUGUGGCAUGCAUGCAGUGGAUUCCUGAGGUCACUGUGGCAGACCCAGUUCACAUGGCUCCCAUCCGACGCAUCCAACACAUCCAGAAGGAGCGCUGGGAGCUCACUUGCUGCCUGUGCAAGCAGCGCAUGGGUGCCAAGGUGCAGUGUGGGUCUUGCUACUCAGCCUACCACCCGCUGUGCGCCCGCAUGGCCGGGCUUCACAUGGAGAUGCAGGAAGGACCUGGGGGCUUGACGGGGCCACUGCGCCUUGUGACGUACUGCCCCCGCCAUUGCAAGCCUCGGCCGGAGCUGGCAGGGAUACAGAGGCUGAGGGACGGCCUGGAGGGGGGCUUUGACGAGGAGGGGGUGGCGCUUUGGAAUGGACAGCCCUUCAAGCAGCCCCCCGCUGUGCCAGUGCCAGCCCUGGUGGGAUGUGCCAGAUCGCAGCCGCUUGUGGAUUGGGAGCGGAAAUCCCAUGGCACGGGGGCAGGCUUCAGUAGCACAACGGCCUUUUGGAUACCAGUGCCGCCCAAAACGCCACCUAGGGGAAGCGACCUUGUGCACCGGCCCUUUGGCCGGGCGCCUCGGGAGGGUGGCGGACGCUUCAAGCGCUCAAGGACUGGCUUCCAAAAGGCCCCCCGACUGCCUUCCAAGAAGGAACUGAAGCCUCCUACAGAGCAGGUGGACCUUCUUCCGCUGCCCGACGGCAUCCCAGAGGAAGUCCCCGUGGAGUGCAACGGCAAGCGAGGUUCGCUGCUGAUCCGAUCGCAGCGCGUGCUGUAUGCCGAUGAGGAGAUGACCGCCUCGCGAUUCGAGCAGCUGUGUGGGAAGGGUGAGGCCAAGAAAUGGAAGUGCAGCCUCUGGUACUUGGGACCCUCUGGCUGCCCAGAGCUCCAGAUGCAUGACUGGCUGGCGAUGCAUGGGCUUGACCGGAGGAUGCUGGCCAACCUUCAGGCCAACUGGGGCGACUACGAGGCAUAUCAGCAGCACCAAGAGCAGCAGGUGGGGCUGGUCCUGCAGGAGAUGCUGCAGGAGAUCUGCGGCGAUGACGAGGACGAGGACGAGGAAGAGGACGAGGAAGAGGACGAUGUGCCAGUGGCGCUUGAGGCCCACGGGCCGCCAGCUGGCUUGGUCCCCUGUGAGGACUCCCUUGGCGCACUCGCCGACAGCCACGAGUCUGACCACAAGCAUGGACAGGAUGGGCAUGACGCAGUGGAGGAUGAUGGGGAUGCCGACAACGACCAGUCAGAGGGUCAGCCAUCGAUUGAUGGAUCCACUGAUGUUCACGACACUGAGAACGAUGCAGGGGGAUCGGGAAGUGAGGGCGGGGGUGACCAAGAUGGGCCCUCAGGCAUGGGGAUGGUGGUGGAGGGUGGUGACGUGACGGAGAUGGAUGAAAUCGAUGCUGCGGGCGUCUUGACAAGCCUGACCCACACGUCCUUUGGCAGGGCCCCAAGGAACCUGGUGCCCCGGGAAUCUGAUGUCGGCUGCCAGCCAGGCUGGGAUCUGCCAGAGGUGGAUGGCGGGCCAGCAGGCCAGGCGAUGGAGGUGGUGCCAGACUCGGAAUCGGAGCACGGCGUUGAACAGGUGUCCGUCAGCGAGGGCCAUGCUUCAGGCGCGCCAGAGUGCGAGUCUGAAGGGGAUGGGCAUGAUGGCAAAGGAGGCCCACUUGACUCCAAGAGGGCCGUUAUGAACGCUGGCAUGCACCACUGGGGCUGGCGAUCAAAGUGGCUGGACGCUGCAGACAAUGGGCCCAAGACGCGAUUGAAGUCAUUGGAGCAAGGUGGCCAGCGGAGUGGGCUGCGGCUAUCCCUGGAUCACCCUCAACCCAUUGAUGGUGGGAUCCCUGGGGCCCCCGCGCCCCACACGCCUGCUCUGCGUGAUGACCACUUCGAUGCUUCAGACUCGCAGGACACAGAGUCCAUGAACGAGGGAGUUGACGAGGACGAAGCCAGCCACAGCGGCCCUGUUGGGACAGACACGGUGGGCCGGCGUGUGGCGGUGUGGUGGAAUGACGACGCAAUGUACUACACCGGCACAGUUGACGCCUUUGACAGUCAGCGAGGCUGCCACAUCAGAUAUGACGACGGCGACGAGGAGUGGCUGGACCUCACCCAGGAGCGGGUGCGAUGGGGCCCGGGGGAACAGACCAGGGAGCGGCUGUCGCUGCGGCGCCGGAGGCGUGCCCUGGGGGCCCCAGAGGCCUGCCCUUCCACGCCGAAGCAGGUGCCGGAGGUGGUGCAGGUCGUGUGCAACGGCGUGGAUGCCCAGUACAUCAUCAACCGCACGAUGGUGAAGACCAGGGACGGCAAGGAGCUGACGCCCACAGAGUUCGAGCGAGUGUCAGGGAAGGGCUCUUCAAAGAAGUGGAAGGCCAGCAUUAGAAUAGCAAAGGAGGAUGGCUCGCCAGGCAAGACUCUGGGAGACUGGCUGGUGGACUGCGGCCUGGACGUCCCACGCACCUCCAAGGCAGUCCGCACUGCCCACGAGGAGGAGCUGGCCGGGCAGAGACGGCAGCGGAAGAGCCCUGGAGAGCGCAGGAAGCCGCAACACCGCGCCAACUGCAUGUGCAUCAUCUGCAAGCAGGCCCGGCGGAAGGUGCUCUCCUCGCCGCUGGACGGGCCCCCGCCCACCGCGGCGCCCGCAGCCUGGCGGCCGGCGACCACUGCCGCAGCCACGCGGGCCGUGGGACCUCGCCUGAGGGCGGGCAAGCGGGCCUACAUGCGGGCAGUGGCCCAGCUGGUGCGGGGGGCCUCAAGGCACGCCCCCUGGGAGAUACCCCAGAGCGAGUGCUGGAGCGGGCGCGAGUGGGAGGCUAGGCAGACGCGCUCCAGGGAGGAGGGCACACCAGAGCCGGCGAAGGAGGAGGGCAGCGAGGAGUCCGGGUGCAGCGGAGGGCCAGGGGGAGCCAUGAGCCGGGGGCCGGAUGGGCAGGUUCUGCGCAGCAAGAUGGAGACAUGGCGGGAACAGUUGAGGGUGUGCCAAGCCACAGAGAGGGAGCGGAUCACGUUUGGGAAGUCUGGCAUCCACGGGUGGGGCCUAUUCGCAAGAAAGGAACUUGCACAGGACAGCAUGAUCAUCGAGUACAGGGGAGAUGUGGUGAGCCCUGCCAUCGCGGACCUGCGCGAGAACAGCUACCGCAAGGAGGGCAAGGACUGCUACCUCUUCCACAUCAACGAUGAUCUGGUCAUUGAUGCCACGAUGCGAGGUGCCAUUGGGAGGUUCACGAACCAUUGCUGCGCCCCCUCCAUGUACACCAAGACCCUGGAGGUCGACGGCGAGUACCAUCUGUGCUUCUUCGCCCGCACGGACGUCAAAGCCGGCCAGGAACUCACGUACGACUACCGAUUCAAGGAGGAGGCAGCGGAAAACAAGAUCAAGUGUUUCUGCGGGGCGCCCAAUUGCAGGGGUUACAUGAAUUGA